AUGGUUGAUAAGUCUUUGACUCCUGAACGGUUGGUGGGAAUUUUAAACGAGGAUUCAAGCUACAGUAUUCCGGUAAAUUGAUACAAUUGUUAUUUUGUAUUGUGCUGUUGAACAAAUAUAAUUUAUUUGGGAUGUUAUUUUGCUAUGGAAACAUGAAUUUUUCCGUUUUGGAAGUUUUCAACACAGAUUAUAGAUAAAGAAACUCUAUUUAAGGGAAUAAAUUUGCUUAAUUUCUCUUGAUACUUUAAUAAACAGGGAUAUAGCUUUAUUAAAAUUACUGUAUGUUGCUGACAGUGGCAGUGCCACUUGUAUAUUGUGCCCAAAGUGUGAAAUGACCCAAACCAAAACAAAAGCAUCCCUAUUACAUUGCCUUAUUUCACCUUAAUAUAUUUUUGUAAGGAAAAUAAUUACUAGUUUUUGGCAGAGCUUUACAGAGCUUUGAUUAAAUUUGAAUUGUACUGUCUAGUUUCGAAUGAAACAUGACUAUCAAGUAUCUGAACAUUGCACGAGCCAGACUACAGAGUUGGUCACUGUCACCCUCACAAUUUUGUAAAGCAGAAAUAUUCAGAGUUUAAUAUAAUUCUGAAAACUUGAUCUGACAUUGUGUCAGAUCAAUCCAUGUUUUGGUCGGACAUGAUCGGACACUUAAUUAUUCUCAAGGGGGACGUUGUCAGUUGUCACAGUACAUAAACAAAAUUACACAAUAUCAACGACAACUUACUCAGUAACAGUACGUAUAUAUCAUAUAAAAUAUUUCACUUAACACACGAGAUGACAUAAUAUUGUGUGAAUCAGAACGAAGUCAGAUUCUUUGAUUGUCUAGCAGUUGGAAUCUUUGUUUGCAUGUGUUAAAGAUUACAGUAGGCCAUAUCAGCAUUUUGCUCGGCUAAUAUAUUGAUCCCUGAAAAUAUUGCCAAAUAUGCCCUUUAUUAGAACUUUUGCAUUUUAACCCAUUGAGCCACAAUGCGCCCCAGUGCACCCUACUUUUUUUUUACUUGUCUAACGCCAGAUGAUUUUACUUGUCAAUGGGGAAGUUCUGCAGCUUAAUGGGUUACUAUUCCCCUAUUAGUCUCAAAUUUUCAUUGUAAUUUCUAUUCAGCCCCUUGUCUUUUGAUGCGCACACUUGGUUUAGCACACCUAGAUGUUUUACUUUUGCACGCCCAAAAUCUUAUUGAAAAGUGCCCAUUUCUGCAGUGUGGUGCAUGAAUACAAGGGCCGAAUGCUGUAUGUGAUGUGAAUAUACAUUUUAACCCUUUACAGUGCAUCUACAGUAAGUGGGGACACUUAGAGAACACUAACCAAUCACGUUGCAGAACAAAAAUAGAAAAAUCAACAAAUGGCGCAUUAGCCAAUCAGCAUUAGGCCAAAAACAAUUUGAACAAAUGUCAAACUGUAAAAAUAUACUUCAAAAAUAGACUUUAGUUUGAUUAGAUUUCUAUUUUUGUUCUGCAAUGUGAUUGGUUAGUGUUAUCCAAAUGGCGUUAGUGGCCCCACUUACAGUAGACGCACUGUAAUUGGCAAUGCGCUCUGAUGCGCCCUACUUUAGUAUUUUACUCUGUCUAAUGCCAGACGAUUGUACUUGACGUCAAGUAGAGAAUGCUGCCACUCAAUGGGUUAAACCAAUUAACAAUCUCCCAUUGACAAAUAAAACUUGUCUGGUGUUAGACAGAGUAAAAUAUUACUGUAAUGUUGAGUGCAUUUGGGUGCAUUGUGCAGCAUAAUACAAGACCUUGUUAACCCAUGCCAUAAGAGUCAACUAAAACAUCUUUACCAAAAUGACUCAUUGUUAUGCCCAUGUGAAAUAUAUGAACCUAUGCUCAUGUUGUAUUUGCUUGUACCGAUUGAACAACCACACAAAUAGUCUAUCGUUGUCAAACUAGAACAGCACUGCACUGUAGGUUGUUGAAAUUUGAAACUUAAAAUUUGAUUUUAUUCAUUUGACACUCCCCUGAAGGAGCUUUUCAGUGACAACAUUACAACAUAUAAGUUUACAGUAUCAUUAUUAUUACGUCACUAAAUCCUAAAUAAUUUAUACAACUUAUGAGAACGCAAUUACAUACAACAACAAUGACAACAAAAGCAACAACAACAACCUUAACAACAGCAACAACAACAACAGUGGCAACAACAACACCAGUAACAACAACAACAACCACAGCAACAACAACAACAACAACAACAACAACAACCAUGACAACACAACAACAACCACAACAACAACCUCAAUAAAAACAACAGCAGCAGUAACAACAACAACAACACCAGCAAUGACGACAACAACAACAAUGGCAACAACAACAACAACAACAACAACCAUGACAACAACAUCAGCAACAACAACAACAACAACAACGGCAAUAAAAACAACAGCAGCAACAACAACAACAGCAGCAGCAAUGGCAACAACAGUAACAGCAACCACGACAACAGCAACAACAACCACAACAACAGCGGCAAUAAAAACACCAGCAGCAAUGGUGACAACAAUACCUGCAACAACGACGACAUCACCAGCAACAACAACAAUAACCUCAACAACAACAACAACAACAACAACGCACUGAUCAACAAAAACAUGCAUGUAUAAAAUUAUCUUGAAAUUCCUGAAGUAGCUAGUUUAUAGUUUCAUUUUAAAGUUUUGAAUAGAGUUGCAAACUUUUAUAUUAUUCCACAGAGUGACAGUUGUAUAGUAGAAAGUCCUUUGACCAGUAGCAGUUUUAAAUAUAGAGGAACAUCCAAUUAGCCUUUCUCAUGCCACCAUUUUUGGGUGGCUUUUCAGCCGAAGUCUGCAAGACAAGUCCACACAACAGCGACGUUUUAUAAUUUUUUGGACGAAAGAUGGUAAAUUUGUUUUGUAAAUGGUUAGUUUAUUUUGAAAAAUUGCUUUUCACUUUGUUUUGAUUGUCUGCAUUGGUUAACGAGAAUUAGAUGCCACCCAAAAAUUGCGGAUAUUCGUCAUCGUUACCAUUUCUUGGAUCCCGGCAACUCACUUCACUUACUCGGGGUAAUUGGCAUGUACGCACUCUUAAAAUUUAGAGACACUCUGCCAACAUCGAAAACCUACCUAAGACCAUGUAUUGGGAUUAGGGCCCUUCAUCUUGUUAUAAAGUAACACAUUUACCAAAUUGUAGUGAUAGAGAAUAUAAAAGACUUUUAUCUAAUUAAGGCACUCCAAAUCUGAGAUCUCAAUCUGGGGUCAGUUGUAUGAAGGCUGGAUAGCGGUGUGCACUAGAUAGUGAUUUUUUCAACCUUUCUAAAAAUGCCUGAAGAGCAUUAUACGGAGAUACGGACCUUGCAGUUACUAAAACACAUGUUAAUUUAUAAAUACUCAAGUUUAAGCUGGGGAAAAACCCAAUUAAUGGUCAAUUUUAGAAACCUUGAAAAAAAUCACUAUCUGGUGGAUAGCGUUUAUAUCCAACCUUCAUACAACUGGCCCCUGGAGUAAAAUAGUCAUUUUUUCUUCCUAAGCCGCUGCUUGCUUCAGCUACUAAGACGCCGAAACUUUCAAAACAUCCAACAUUACUUCCUGGUGAGAAGAUUUUGCUCCAGCAAGACGCAACAUGUGUCGAGACAUAUCACAUGCCUGUGGAAGGAACUCUACAUCUCACUACAUAUAGAGUGAUUUUCAGUGGCUCAGCACAGGUUUGUUGAUGUUUGAGGUUGGAAUAUCAUUAACAUGUGUGCAAUAAUUACAUGUACAUUGUUAAGAAUAUACAUUCCUUUUAAUUUAUACAUUCACAGAUCUUGAAUUUUUUAAUGAGUUUCACUCUGGAGAAUGAUUAGGAGUGAUAGAUAGAUCAGAUCCUGACAACCUUGUACCCAGGACUUUCCCUCUUGGGGGGGGAGGAGACCCUGGUAGAAGCUGGAGUCUGCUAAAAUCUAGAGCAAAAAAAAGUUUUGUCUUGAAAACUUACCGUUCUUGCAAACAAGAAAGUCGAAGCCGAAGUGUUUAUCCGCGUUUGACGUCACAAAAAAAUUUAUGCAUGCUGACGCCAUACUUACGAGAAAGGUCUUUUGUAUUUGUAAUCGACUGACUAAGAUCGUGUGCAAUUUGCAGCAACAAAAUGGUAGUUAAUUACUACCUUAAAAAAUAAGCAGAAACUCGACGUUUCAAGCGAAGGCCCUUCGUCGGGCCUUCGCUCGAAACGUCGACUUUCUGCUUAUUUUUUAAGGUAGUAAUAUAACCACUCAGCACAGCAUUUUUAGUAUAAAUACUGUAGUAUUCACCCAUCCUGAUAAUCAGUCUGAUUAUCUUUAGCAAGCCUCGAACUUGCGAACGCUUGCAAAGUCAUAAACUCGCAAAAUGCGAGGAAAAUGCCAGCCUUUGCUAGUAAAAAGAACCAUUUCACUAGCAAACUUUGCGAGUAUAUGGACGUUAUUCUGGUAAAUUGAGCAAUUAAAAAUUGCAGAUAUAUGAUUUUUUAUGCGAGCAUCUGAUGAACGAAGAACCAUGCAAGCUAUCUAUUACGGUCAGAGGUUACGAAGAUACCAUUAUGCGGGAUAAAGAUUCAUGUCUCACUGUUUAUGAGUUAGGGUCAGCGGUAAGGGUCAGGUUUAGGGUCAGCAUUCAUAAAUACCAAGACAUGAAUCUAUAACCGACAUGCGUGAAAUACAUGCCAAACAUUUAUUUUAAUACAUUUUGCGAGUGAUUUUGCACGUUUUGCUAGUGACAGUGAAACCUACUGCACAUGUUUGCUAGUAGCCAAAAAAUUAAGGUAGAGCCUUGACGUUUAGGAUAUAGAAGACGACGGCAGCCAUGAUCAUGAUCCAGCUCUUGCAUCAAGAAAACCAUUUAAUCAGUGGGGAAAGAAGAAAGGAAUCUCUGAUACACUUGAAAGAUUUAGAGAGAAAGCACAUCAUUUUCAGAAGAACUUACAACAUUCAAAGUCCAG